GACAGAGCAGCCGCCGCUUCCGGCUGGGAGACGGGAAGGAGGGGGAGGGAGGGGCGCCUCCUGCGGGAUCCCGGAGAGAUGGAGCCCCCGGUGAGGAGGGGGAGGGAGGGGGGGAGAAGGACUCUGGGGGGGCAUUGCGGGGGGGUCGAGCCCCCCUGUCCGCGAGGGUCCCCUGUCGCGGCGGCCGGACAGGGGGGCGGGGUAGAAAAGUAGUAUUAUUAAUGUUAUUACUGUGCCCCCAGGGUGGGGGGUGCCUCUGCCCUCCUCGGAGCCCCCCCCCCCCCGGGCCCCGCCAGGGAAGGGCGUCUCCGGGAGACGGGGGGGGCAGGAGGGAAAGCAGCCCCGGGGGUGGGGAAGAAGGACCCCCCAGGAGACUCUACUGGGGGGCAUUGCUGGGGGGGUCAAGCCCCCCUGCCUCUGGCUGGACCUGCCAAGCCAGAGCCAGGGGGAUGGGCAGGGUACAAAUAAAUUAUUAUUAUUAUUAUUAUUAUUACUACUAUGCCCCUGGGGUGGGGAGGGGAGCCCCCAGGGUCGGGGGUGCCUCUGCCCUCCUCGGAGCCCCCCCAGGCCCCGCCAGGGAGGGGCAUCUCCGGGAGACGGGGGGGGGGCAGGAGGGAAAGCAGCCCCGGGGUGGGGAAGAAGGACCCCCCCCCAGGAGACGCUACCGGGGGGCAUUGAUGGGGGGGGCAAGCCCCCCUGCCUCUGGCUGGACCUGCCAAGCCAGAGCCAGGGGGAUGGGCAGGGUAGAAAUAAAUUAUUAUUAUUAUUAUUAUUAUUAUUAUUAUUAUGCCCCUGGGGUGGGGAGGGGGAGCCCCCAAGGGUCGGGGGUGCCUUUGCCCUCCUCGGAGACACCCCCCCGGGACCCGCCAGGGAGGGGCGUCUCCAUUUGGGGCCGCAGAGGGCGGAGGGGGGGAGUGUGAGUGUGUGUGAAGUUUGUACAAACUGAAUGAUGGGGGGGGGGGUUUCCUGCUACAUGCCCCUGGCAGAACUGUCCAGAUUGCGCCAAGACUAGUGAGCUCUUCUUUCCGCCUCUCUUCCCACCCCCACCCCAUGCAGGUCAACCUCUGAUUAAAACCUCUUCUCAUGAGGCAAUAAUCAAUACUUAUAUAUUUAUAGACCUAUUUAUGGACAUUUUAAAGCUGAUUUGCACACGCCCCACUUGCCUGCAGCCCUGACGGGGGCUCACCGUCCCUAACUGUGGCAGGGCCGAAUUUAGUAUAAGCAAAACAAGAUACAGCUUAGGGCCCCACUCUCUUGGGGCCCCCCAAAAAAUUCACUAUUAAUAUACUUCUUCAUUGUGUUUCAAUUUAACAAUUACUUUGAUAAAAGACAUAUUUUGUUAUGUGCAAAUGGCUUUAGAUCCAUAAGUUACCAUAUAGCACAUGGGUAGGCAAACUAAGCUCCAGGGGCCGGAUCCGGCCCAAUCGCCUUCCAAAUCCGGCCUGCGGAUGGUCUGGGAAUCAGCGUGUUUUUACAUGAGCAGAAUAUGUGCUUUUCUUUAAAAUGCAUCUCUGGGUUAUUUGUGGGGCAUAGGAAUUUGUUCAUUCCCCCCCCCCAAAAAAUAUAGUCUGGCCCCCCCACAAGGUCUGAGGGACAGUGGGCCGGCCCCCUGCUGAAAAAGUUUGCUGACCCCUGAUAUAGCAUCUAUUCAACACAAAAAAACUGCAACCAUUUGUUGUGGACAAAGGACAGCUGGACAUAGAAAGGGCCCCAUUCCCUUCAGGAGCUGAGGGCCGCAUCAGAUCUCAAUCUGGCCCUGCCCUGUGGACUUGUGCCAGGCCGCCUGUGAGGUCUCUCCUGCCCCAAGGAAUCCAGAUCCGCCCCCCAGGAGAGCAGGGGCAGGAUCCGAUUCCCAAAUUGGGGAGCGCAAAGUGGGGCCCUCGAGACCCCCCUCGCACUCCCCCCUGGAUGGCUCUGUCAGUUUGUAUUUCUUGGCGCAGAAAGGGUUGAUCUGUUGUGUAGAGAUCUUUCCUAUUCUACUUACUGUACUUUUCCGUUUAUAAGACUAGGUUAUAUUACUUUUUAAAAAAGGUUAAAAGUCCCGGGGCAUCUUAUACACGGAUAGUGCAUAUGCUCAUUUUCUAAAUUCGGGGUCCCCAAAAAUAGCAGGCGUCUUAUACAUAGGGGCAGCUUAGGGAAGCUUUUAAUGUUUGUUGCGUUACAGUGGUACCGGGUUACAUAUGCUUCAGGUUACAUACGCUUCAGGUUACAGACUCUGCUAACCUUGGGUUAAGAACUUUGCUUCAGGAUGAGAACAGAAAUCGUGCUCCAGCGGUGCGGUGGCAGCAGGAGGCCCCAUUAGCUAAAGUGGUGCUUCAGGUUAAGAACGGACCUCAGGAACAAAUUAAGUUCUUAACCAGAGGCACCACUGUACCGUAUUUUAAUAUUUUGCUGGAAGCCCAGAGUGGCUGGGGAAUAAAUAAAUUAUUGUUAUUAUUCUUAUUUUAUUAUUAUACACAGAAAAAUAUUGUAAUUCCAGAGGGUGCUGGAAGCUUCUCGGUUUGAAAGAAGCAGGCAGAAGGUGCCUCAUGUUCCGGGUUAUUCCUUCUGCCUGAAACGGCUUCUCUUCUCUCUUCCCUCAAAGUCCUGCUAUUAUUGCCAGGCCAGGGGGAGCUUGGCCCUCACUCCCACUUUCUCUUUCUUUGUUCUGAUCUUCUGUGCAGAGGAUGCUUAGUGUUAAGGUUUAGUCUUAAUAUAAGUUUAUAAGUUUCCGUAAGUUAGUUUACGUUAAGUCUGCUUCAGGUGGAUUUCUUAUGGACAGGACCAAUCCUGAAUGUAUUGGUUUUGUGACCAUGCUGCUCAUUUGUCUUCAGUAGCAGUAAAGCUCUGCUGGAUGAAAGAAACAUUAGUUGCCUCUGGUCUAUUUUGGGGAAUGUUUAAUUUUUUUCCUCCCCAGAAGAUGCUGGGGCGACAGGGUCUCCUCCUCUUUUAAAGACCCCUCCCCAUGGCCACCACCCCUGCUUCCUGUGGGUGGGAGUUCCACCAUUUAACUCGGCGCUGCAUGAAGAAGAAGAAGCCCUUUCUUUUCUCUGCCCUGAAUCUUCCAACUCUCAACUUUGUGGGAUGCCCACAAAGAGAGAGGGGAGGGAAGAAAAAACACUUUUCCGUAUCCAUCUUCUCCAUGCCGUGCAUCAUUUUAUCAAUUUUAUCUUCCUUUGUGGGUUGUGCAAACAGCUACUCUGAAUAUUGCUUUUUUACAGGGUGAGGGACAUUUUAUAAUGUAUAUAAAACAGAGAUAACAAAGUUGCACGCAACUUAAAAUAACAAUAUCGCAUGUACAGAGUGUUGACUGUAUCAGAUCAACAAAUAAAGUUCCAGGUUUGCCAGGCUUGAAAAGGAUGGUUCUGUUGUCUAUGUCCUGAAAGAGUCCCAAAUCGUAUAAAAAGUGUCGGAAGGUUCCAGGCCUUGUCGAAAUCUCAAAUUACGUGUGUGUCUUUCCAUGAUAGAAAGCUCUCUUCCAGAGUGAGUGGAGCCAAGCAUGCAGUGUGAGACUUGGGGCUGUUUAAGUCAAGUUACUCUGUAAUCUCAAUUUUGGACAGGAGGCAAUAGUUUUCUAAGCAACAUUUAUCAUUUCUGUCAAAAUUGAACCUCAGGAGGGGAGAGAGUUGCUCUUGUGCCGGGAUCCUGCUGGCCGGCCCCCAAGAGAAGAGGAGGCUGAGCUGGAGGAAAAGUCUUCUUUCCCCCGUGUUCCUCUAACACCUCUCUCUCUCUUUUCUAAUACAUUUUAAAUAUUUUUUUAACAUAUUAAUUCCAACAUUCAUACAACAUAACUUCUCAUCCUAUACAAUAUUUUUGGACUUCCAUCAACGCCUCUGAUGGUUUUCCAUUAUUUAUCACAUAUUAUGCAUUUCUUAAUUUCAUAUUACCUUUAAUAUCGUUAACUAAUAAUUCUCCUCAUUGUCUUUUUUGCAAUAUUUCAAAUAGCUCACCUUACAAAACUUCUUGCAAACCUACUAGCAUAAUCUGUUCAUCACAAUUACUUUUCAAAUAGUCUGUAAAUUUACUCCAGUCUUCUGAGAAUCUCUGGUCCCGCAGGUUUUGAAUCCUUCCUGUUAGUUUAUCUAAUUCUGCAUAGUCCAUCAAUUUCAUCCUCCAUUCUUCUUUCAUUGGUAGUUCUUCUUGCUUCCAUUUUUGUGCCAAUAAUAUUCUUGCUGCCUUCGUUGCAUAUAAAAACAACUUACAAUCCUUUCUGUUUAUAUCAUCUUCUACAAUGCCAAGUAAAAAUGCUUCUGGUUUCUUAAUAAAUGUAUAUUUGUCUGUCUCAUUAUAUAUCAUUUCCCUGAGGUUUUUCAUCCUCUGACCUCUCUCUGCCCCACAGACCUUGGGGGACCUGCUCCUGACCCUUUAUGAGAUGGGCUUCACUGAGCGGCAGGUGCGCGAUGCCCUCCGCGCCGGCUGCCUCAGCGCCCCGGAGGCUGCCAAUUGGUGAGUGGCUAGAUGACCUCGAGGGUCCCCUCCAGCCCCCUCCCCUGCCCCGGGGGGAGACAGUUCUGCCGGCUGCGCUCCCGGAGGUGCUCCCCCCUCUCCCCUGACCAGCCCUGAACUCCCUGGCAGCGCAGGCGCUGGGGCUGCUCCUGCUUGACGGCCUCGUCGUCUCCUCCUCUCUUUCCCCAGGUUGCUGCAGGAGAGGCCGGAAGAGUCGCCGCCCGCCCAGAGCAAGCCUCCCAGAGCACUGAAGGACUGCAGGGCGAUGGACGCCUUCAACCCCCCCAGGAAGGUCCAGGAGGCCUCGUCGGGGCCAGCAGCUGCCAGCCUGGGCUGCCCACCCUCAGGUGCAGAAGGGGCUCCCUGUCCGCAGCCUCUCCCCCCCGCAGGGGAGGCCCAGGGAGGCAGCCUGGGUGGGCCUGUUGCAAGUCCCCUUUGGGGUGGGCUUCCAGCACUCUCUAUGCUCUCCCCCCAGGCGCCGGGGCGGAGGUGGCCGCCAAGGACCCCCCCGGGAGAGCGGGCAGCCAGGCUUUUGCUGAGCAGCAGCGGGAGCAGCUGGCGGAGGAGCUGAGGGCCGAGAGGAGGACCAAGCGGCGGGUGAGCCAGCUUUCGGGGGGGGGGGGCGUCCGAAGGUGGAGGGUCCUCAUUGCAGCUGUUGCUGGGGAGGAACCAGCCCUGCCUUCCCGCCUCACGGCUCCCUUCCUUCCUCCCAGGAGCACGAGUUGGCCCUGCAGAGAAUCGCAGACGACCGGCGGCGCAUCCAGGGCAAGGCCCAGCUGGCGCAGGAAGCCCCCCCAUCGGAGAAGAGAGCGCAGCCCCCCAGCGACGGGCAGUGCCUGCUUAGGGUGAGAGGAGCAGCAGCAGCCACGGGGGCCAGGAGGGAAGAGAGGAGGGAAUUGCAAGUCUUGGGUGGGGGGCUCGAUUCAGGGAGGGAGGGUUGUAGCGUUCCCUAAACUAGGAAGGAUUGGACUCUGAUUAAUAGAAUACAUGCGAGACAAGACCAGCAAGACCAGCAAGGGGUGUGUAUAAUAAUAAUUCCUCUUGGCCCAGGUCAUCUUAUUCACAAAAGAACUUUUUACACAGUGUUCGUAAGAACCAAUCAGAUUUCCUCUGCGCAUUUCAAAAAACCCCUCGUGGGACAAAGUCACAUCAGGAGAAAUUCUUUUAACUACAAAGAAACUAUUUCCUACUUGAGCAUGCAUAGUAGUCCAGAGUAAAUAAAAUAGGAAUAAAAGGAGGAAUGCAUUCAGCAAAACCCCAGAGGUCAUAAACAGGAAUAAACAGGAGAGACAGGAUGGCAGGAUUUACCAUCUCCUUGUGAACUCUCUUCCUGGCCCUUAAGAUCUAUCUAAAGAUUAAACAAAGGUCCGUACAGUUAAAGCCAUGGUUUUCCCAGUAGUGAUGUAUGGAAGUGAGAGCUGGACCAUAAAGAAGGCUGAUCGCCGAAGAAUGGAUGCUUUUGAAUUCUGGUGCUGGAGGAGACUCUGGAGAGUCCCAUGGACUGCAAGAAGAUCAAACCUCUCCAUUCUGAAGGAAAUCAGCCCUGAGUGCUCACUGGAAGGACAGAUCCUGAAGCUGAGGCUCCAAGACUUUGGCCACCUCAUGAGAAGAGAAGACUCCCUGGAAAAGACCCUGAGGUUGGGAAAGAUGGAGGGCGCAAGGAGAAGGGGACGACAGAGGACGAGAUGGUUGGACAGUGUUCUCGAAGAGACCAGCAUGAGUUUGACCAAACUGCGGGAGGCAGUGGAAGACAGGAGGGCCUGGCGUGCUCUGGUCCAUGGAGUCACAAAGGGGCGGACAUGACUAAACGACUAAACAACAACAAAAGAUUAAACUACAUCAAAGUAACCUACUAUCUUUAUGUACUGAGGAUGCCUGAUGAAGCAACUGGCCUGUAUUUAGAAUGCUUAUACAUGCCUGUCAUAGAAUCAUAGAAUCAUAGAGUUGGAAGAGACCACAAGGGCCAUCGAGUCCAACCCCCUGCCAAGCAGGAAACACCAUCAGAGCACUCCUGACAUAUGGUUGUCAAGCCUCUGCUUAAAGACCUCCAAAGAAGGAGACUCCACCACACUCCUUGGCAGCAAAUUCCACUGUCAAACAGCUCUUACUGUCAGGAAGUUCUUCCUAAUGUUUAGGUGGAAUCUUCUUUCUUGUCGUUUGGAUCCAUUGCUCCGUGUCCGCUUCUCUGGAGCAGCAGAAAACAACCUUUCUCCCUCCUCUAUGUGACAUCCUUUUAUAUAUUUGAACAUGGCUAUCAUAUCACCCCUUAACCUCCUCUUCUCCAGGCUAAACAUGCCCAGCUCCCUUAGCCGUUCCUCAUAAGGCAUCGUUUCCAGGCCUUUGACCAUUUUGGUUGCCCUCCUCUGGACACGUUCCAGUUUGUCAGUGUCCUUCUUGAACUGUGGUGCCCAGAACUGGACACAGUACUCCAGGUAAGGUCUGACCAGAGCAGAUUACAGUGGCACUAUUACUUCCCUUGAUCUAGAUGCUAUACUCCUAUUGAUGCAGCCCAGAAUUGCAUUGGCUUUUUAGCUGCCGCGUCACACUGUUGGCUCAUGUCAAGUUUGUGGUCAACCAAGACUCCUAGAUCCUUUUCACAUGUACUGCUCUCAAGCCAGGUGUCCCCCAUCUUGUAUUUGUGCCUCUCAUUUUUUUGCCCAAGUGCAAUACUUUACAUUUCUCCCUGUUAAAAUUCAUCUUGUUUGUUUUGGCCCAGUUCUCUAAUCUGUCAAGGUCGUUUUGAAGUGUGAUCCUGUCCUCUGGGGUGUUAGCCACCCCUCCCAGUUUGGUGUCAUCUGCAAAUUUGAUCAGGAUGCCCUUGAGUCCAUCAUCCAAGUCGUUGAUAAAGAUGUUGAAUAAGACCCAAGACAGAACCCUGUGGCACCCCACUAGUCCCUCUUGUCCAGGAUGAAGAGGAACCAUUGAUGAGCACCCUUUGGGUUCGGUCAGUCAGCCAGUUACAAAUCCACUGAGUGGUAGCAUAGUCAAGACCGCAUUUUACCAGCUUCUUUACAAGAAUAUCAUGGGGCACCUUGUCAAAUGCCUUGCUGAAAUCAAGGUAGGCUACAUCCACUGCGUUCCCUUCAUCUACCAGGCUUGUAAUUCUGUCAAAAACGAGAUCAGGUUAGUCUGACAUGACUUAUUUUCCGAAAUCCAUGCUGACUAUUGGUGAUCACAGCAUUCCUUUCUAGGUGCUCACAGACUGUUUGCUUAAUGAUCUGCUCCAGAAUCUUCCCUGGUAUUGAUGUCAGACUGACUGGGCGGUAAUUAUUUGGGUCCUCUCUGUCAGGUGUAGAGAAAGCAAAUGGCAGAGAUGGAGAGGCUUGUGAGAUUUGAUCAGAAACUAUUGUCAAUUAAUCAAACCCAGUCAACGCCAUGCUUUCAUCACGGACACAGUGGCUUCCUCCAUGUUUCAUAAUUCCUCAACGCAAUCCCACCUGAUCCCCACACUCUGGAUAUUUGCAUCCCAACAGAGGGUGUCUGCCUGUUUGCCGGGGUUGGGCUAGAUGACCUUUAGGGGUCCCUUCCAACUCUACAGUUCUGUGAUUCUUGGCUGGGGAGGGGGAGGUCAUUGUGGCCUGAGGAGUGUAAGAGCCAGGCCGGAUCCAAGGCCAGCCAGAUGCCCCUUAGAGGAUGCCUUCAAGCAAUGCCCCGCAGUGGGAGACCCAGCCCAUGGCUGCCCCUCUUCUCCCCACAGAUCCGCCUCCCCUCGGGGGACUCCGUGCGCCAGAGCUUCCCGUCCGCCUCCCCACUGGAGGCCGUCCGCCUGCGCCUCCUGGAGCUUCACCCGCAGCUGCCGCCCGCCUUCUCCCUCCUGCAGGGCUUCCCCAAGCGCCACUUUGGGCCGGCCGACCUGCCCCGCUCCCUGGGGGACCUGGGCCUGGCCCCCAGCGCCACCCUCUGCGUGGUGGGGCCGCCGGCACCCCAGGCCCCGGCCUCCGAGGGGGUGGCGGGGCCUGAGUCCCCACUGCAGACCCCACAGGAGGAGGAGGAGGAGCAGGAAGAAGAGGAAGAGGAGGAGGAGGAAGACGAGGAUGAAGAAGAAGAGGAGGAGGAGGAGGAGGGGAUGGCAGGGCCUGGUCUCCCCACCCCAGAGGGGAGAGGCCUCUUUGCUCAGGGCGCCCACCUGCCUUCGGUCCUCCGCUCUCCGGCGCAGAGGGUGACUCCGGGGGACUUUGCGGGGCUGCACGGCCACGGGGAACUGGCCUUCCCUGAGCCCCACCGCUGGGGUAAGUAUUCAGGAAGGGGCCUUUUGCUGUAAUAAUAAUAAUAAUAAUAAUAAUAAUUUAUUAUUUGUACCCUGCCCAUCUGGCUGAGUCUCCCCAGCCACUCUGGGCGGCUUCCAACAAAGAUUAAAAAUACAUAAAAAUGUCACACAUUAAAAAAGUUCCCUGAACUUCAGAUGUCUGCCUUCAGAUGUCUUCUAAAUGUAGUUGUUGAUCUCUUUGACAUCUGAUUUGAGGGCGUUCCACAGGGCGGGCGCCACCACCCCUGUAUGCCUCCAAGCUGCUCUGCUCUGCAUCUGCCCGCUGAGCUCCCCUGGGUGUCGGCCAGGGAGCCCCUGUCCCCCAUCCCUCCCUGGGGAUGCCCUGGGGGUCUGCACCUGCCAAGCAGGGGCUCCGUCGCUCAGCCCCAGCCCCUGUUCUCCUAGGAAUGAACGUUGUUCUAGUCCAGGUCAGGGGACAUGUCAGAAGACGAGUAAGUCAGGCUCAAUACUGGCUGCACAGGCUGGCAGCAGAGGCUCUCUUCAGGGUGUCGUCGUGGCGUUUAACUGAAGAGGAGAACAGCAACUGGCUGUGCCCCCUCAAGUAGAAAAGGCCAGAGGAAGGCGAAACAAAAUGCUCUCUCUGUCCCCCUGCAGGGAGGGGCCACAGGAUGGACGUGGAGGAGCCCAUGGAGCAGGAGUCCUCGGCGGCCCUGAGGGAAGGAGAGGCUUCCGGGGGCCGGAGGCCGCCUCUGCCAGGUCGGCACCAGGGGCAGGAAGGGGGAAGGCCAGUGCCAGGAGGGAGGAGGCUCCAAGAUCUGGCCUGCCUGAGUCACUGUAGAAUUGGGAGGGACCCCUGAAGGUCAUCCAGCCCAACCCACUGCAAGGCAGGAAUCUCAUGGUGGAGCCUCUGCUUAGAAACCUCCAAGGAAGGAGAGGCAGCAGUGCACCCUCCUCUCCUGGCCCCAAUUAACGUCAUUACAAUGGGGAGAAUGUGAAUUGGGGGGGGGGGUUCCUAAACACUUCCUUGAGUAUCAGCACCGCAAACGAAAACCCUGGCUGGUGGGGAACAGGGUGGGGUGGGGGCGAGGAAGCCAAGAUGGGGGGGUCCCCUGAUUUGCGGGGAAAGUGGGUCUACUCUUGAGGAGGGAGAUCCCUCGCUAGGGUCGGGAGGCACUUCUGGAGAGCAGAAAGAAGGGCAGGGCGAAGGCCAGAAGGGGGGUGGGGUGGGGGCGAGGAAAGAACCUUGAUCCUAAGUUGGGGGGGUCUUCUUUCUGUUUGAAGGCUCCUUGUCUUUUGGGGAACGCGCUCAGGGCCUCCUGGGGUCUCGGCACCAGUGGCCGGCGGAGGGCAACCUUUUGAGGUAGGGGCCUUGCCCAGCCUGGGCUAUAUGGGGGCGCUUGUUUUGUAGGGGGCGGGGGAAGGCCGGCUGGGAACAUGGGGGGGCGGGAAGCAAAGCGAAUGGGGGCGCCUGGGGGUCUUCAUCGCCUGUCUCUUUCUGCCCCCAGGACGGCCGACGGAAGCCGAGCCGAAGCGCCCGCCCUCCCUCUGGCCGUGGCCCAGGCGGCCGAGUUGCGCCUGCAGCGGGUGAAUGCGCAGGGCCCCGAAGGCGAGGAGAAGGCCUCUCUGGCCGCCACGUCCCCCCCAGGCCGCGCGGCCCCCGCAGUGCCCCCGCUCUUCCAGCUGUCCCUGCGAGGGGCCACAGCCCUCCUCACAGGUAGAGGGUUCUCACCGCAGCUUCCUCCUUCCUGCUGCUGCUUAAUAUCAUUUCGAUUUACCAUAUUUUUCGCUCCAUAAGACGCACCUAGUUUUUAGAGGAGGAAAACAAGAAAAAAAUAUUCUGAACGAAACUGUGGAUGUAUGAUUUUUGUGGUUCAUGCUGUGGCCACAGACAUGAUAUGUGAUUUGACGGGGAGUUUGGGGUAGCCCAAUGCAAAAAUCCUGAGGAUCCAUGUGGAUCCCUGCUUUGUAACCACGUUUUUGAGCCGUUGCGGCCCCACGAAACAGUGGGUGCGUGAUUUUUUGGUGCCGUCUGUAGCCAUGGACAUGCUAUGUGAUCUGAUGGUGAAUUUGGGGCGACCCAGUGCAAAAAUCCUGAGGAUCCAUGUGCUUUUACCUCCCCUGUCCCAGGCAGCAUCUAGCUUCCCUUAUCUCUCUCCCGAUCCCACCGAUCAGCUGCUUCCUUUCAACACUCCCUUCCCUCUUGUUUGCCUUAGUGUCUUUUCCUUAGCUGGAGCAGUUUUUUGCUCCUCCUUUUCUUCUACAGUGGUGCCUCGCAAGACGAAAUUAAUCCGUUCCGCGAGAGUCUUCGUCUAGCGGUUUUUGCGAAGCAACCCUAUUAGCGGCUUAACGGAUUAGCGCUAUUAGCGGUUUAGCGGCUAUUAAAGGCUUAAAGGCUUAGCGGAUUAGCUGCUAAAAGGCUAUUAAAGGCUAUUAAAGGCUUAGCAGAUUAGAUAAAGGGGGGGGGAAGCGAAAAAAAAACCUCAAGACUCGCAAGACAUUUUCGUCUUGCGAAGCAAGCCCAUAGGGAAAUUCGUCCUGCGAAGCAACUCAAAAACGGAAAACCCUUUCGUCUAGCGGGUUUUCCGUCUUGCGAGGCAUUCGUCUUGCGGGGCACCACUGUAAUUUCUCUCCUCAUUGCUUUAAUCUUUAAUCCUGUCUCCUCUCCUUGCAAGUUCACUGUUUUUACCUCCCCCCUCCCUCCCGAUCACUUGCUGAUCAGCUGCUCAGCGGCUUUGUUUCAACACCCCCUUCCCUCUUUCUAAAAAAACCCCCAUAAUCUGCUUUUUGCUCCUGGGUGGUUCGGCUCCAGGGACCACGCAUUCGCUCCAUAAGACGCACAGACAUUUCCCCUUACUUUUUAGGAGGAAAAAAGUGCAUCUUAUGGAGUGGAAAAUAGGGUAUAUACCUAUCUUAACCCAAAGGUCCCAGGGCCAUGUGCAACAUUCAGAGCAUGAUAUUGCACAGGUUAAGCCCCUGCAAGACAGGGGUCUCCGGCCACAGAGGAUUUAAUGGCCAGAAGUCUGGGAGAAGAGGAAUGCGCCUAGAGGUGUCUCAUGAAGGCGCCAGGCGAGCCUCUCUGGGGAGAGCAGGGCACAUGCCUUUGUCUUCAAAGGCAAGGGAUGAGGAGGAGGAGAAGGAAAAGUUCUGGGAAACUCCAGCUGCUUAAAGCACCUUCACUGGCUUCCCAUCUCCUCCCAAAGUCCUCAUAAGGGUUUACAAAACCCUAAAGAACUUGGGUCUGGGGCACCUCAGGGACCCCCUGAACCCUUAGAAUAUGGCAGCUGUGUCACAGAGAUCGUUGGUCCUUCUCCGGGGCUCAUUGGACAACAACGAGAAACCGAGCCGUUAGUAUCAUCCACCCAGUCCUGUGGAACUCUCUGCCACUGGAGAUCCAGUGGGCGCCUUCUGCGCCAACUUUUGAACACCUGCUGAAAACGUUUCAGUUAAGAAGACCUCCUUCCACAAUCAUUAAUGGAGGCUUGCUUUUAGCUCUCUUGCUUUUAUUAUGCUCCUAGUCUGUGAUUUUGUUGUUGUUCUGUAGUUCGAAAGCCCUCUCCGGCAGGGGUUGGCAAGGUUUACCAGCCGUGGGCUGGAUCACUCCCACGGAGAUUGUCUGUGGGCCGGACUGGCGCAGUGCAAUGCCAGAAAACACGUCUGCACAUGUCCGUGGUGCCGGAAAUCACUUCUGUGCAUGCCCAGACACCAAAAAUUGCCCCUACGCAGAAGUGAUUUCUGGCUUCUGGACCUGCACAGACGUGAUCUCCAGUAUCUGCGCAUGUGCAGAUGCGAUUUCUGGCGCCGCUUGGGGAGUCCCCGCACCAUGCUGUGCCGGUUUAGUGCAGUGUGCGGGGGACUCGCCAAGAGGCAGCUGCGUUCAGGGUCGGUAAAAUGGUCUUUGUGGGCUGCAUCUGUCCCAUGGGCUGCACGUUGCCGACCCCUGCUCUACGGCUUCUGUCUAGGCUAUCUGGAAGACGCAUCUUCCCCAGAAGAACCCCCCUGGCUCUCUAGGUCCCCCCCCCCCACUCCCAGGCCCCUUGCUGGGGCAGGCAGGAUGGGCCUUUCUGGUGGGGGCUGCUCCCUGGCAACUUUGGAACUCCCUGCCUGGAGAAGCCUCCCUCCUCGCUGUCCUGCUUUUCCUGACUUUUUCAAAAAGGAAAAUGGGUAUCCAGUGGUGCUGUGCUGUUUUUACUCUCUGCCCUUUAAUAGAUUUCCUGUUUUAGCUUGAUUAGAGUUCAGUUCCUUUCUGAUGGUGAUCUUUUUUGGCUUCCUCUGUGGUGUGGUUUUCCUUUGGGUGAGCUGCCUGGGCUCCCCGCUCUGCGGGGGGGGGGAGGCGGGAUCCGAACUCAGGUCUCCAACGUUUCCGUCCGCAGCGCCCAGCAAGCAGUACUGCAGCAGCCUGGCCUCGGUGACGCCGGUGCUGGCGGAGCACCUCCUGGGGCACCUGGGGCAGCAAGGCCUCCUCAGCCCCCGCAGCCUCAAGCUCUUCUUCGGCUGCCCCCUCCAGAAGCUGCGCCUCGACUGCUACCCCUACGCCACCAACCAGCUCCUGGCCCAGCUGCGGGCCUUUCCCAGCCUCCGCCACCUCAGCCUCCUCGCCUGCUCCGUCAUCACCGGUGAGCGGGGCGGGGGCGGGAUGGGCAGAGGGGCCCCCAGAGGUCAUCCAGCCCAGCCCCCUGCAGUGCGGGAUCUCAGCUAAAGCAGCACAGAAUGGUGGGGCUGGAAGGGGCCCCCAGGGGUCAUCCAGCCCAGCCCCCCGCAGUGCAGGAACUCAGCUAAAGCAGCACAGAAUGGUGGGGCUGGAAGGGGCCCCCAGGGGUCAUCCAGCCCAGCCCCUGCAAGGCAGGAUCUCAGCUAAAGAAGCACAGAAUGGUGGAGCUGGAAGGGGUCCCCAGGGGUCAUCCAGCCCAGCCCCUGCAAGGCAGGAUCUCAGCUAAAGAAGCAUAGAAUGGUGGAGCUGAAAGGGGCCCCCAGAGGUCAUCCAGCCCAGCCCCUGCAAGGCAGGAUCUCAGCUAAAGAAGCAUAGAAUGGUGGAGCUGGAAGGGGCCCCCAGAGGUCAUCCAUCCCAGCCCCCCGCAAUGCAGGAUCAGAGCUGAAGCAUUGCUGACCGAGGGGGGGCAGAGAGGGUCUGGGCAGGAGGCUGCUCCACGGGACCUGAGAGCUUAGCUGUGGGAGGGGGCGGGUUCUGUGCUCUCAGCCCCCUGAGCUGACCCUCUUCCCCCAUUUCUCCCCCCCCCCCCCAGACCAGGGCAUCUCUGUGGUCCAGCACCUGCCCCGCCUGCAGCAGCUCAACCUCUCGGCCUGCGUGAAGCUCACUGACAACUGCCUGCAGUUUCUGAAGGGUACGUCACGGACACACACACCCCGUCCUGCUCUUUUGGCUUCUUCCUCUCCGCCUGCAGGAUCAGGCCCAUGAGAGCCUGCAGGAUCAGGCCCAUGGCCCACCUAGUCCAGCCUCCUCCCCCCCCCCGCAGCCCCCAGCAAUGGGGAUUCAGAAGCAUCGCGGCCUCUGACUGCGGAGGCAGAGCCCGGGGCUUCUCCAGGAAUUUAUGUUCUGUUAAAGAAAUCAUAUUCUGUAUUAGUUUUCAAUUACAGUCCAAUAAUAACCUCAUUAUAACAAUGCCAAAUUACAAUGCAAUGACUAAUACCAAUCAUUCAGGUACCAAGUUAUAUAAUUGAGGUGCCCCCCCCCCCAAGUGUGCUAGAAUCGAUGGUUUGGUGAUUGACUUUAUUUCUGCAUUCCAAAAUCAUAGUAAUUUCAAUUACACUCCAGUCUAGAUAACGAUCCCUUAUCCAACAACUGCAAUAUUAACAACCUCCCUUCGUAUUGACACAUGAAAUGAUGUAUAAAGUUACAAGCGAGGCACUCAAACUAUAUUCUUAUUCUUCCCGUGUGUGGCAGUUAUUCUUUCCCUGAUAUUUCUUCCUGUCCUUGUAGAACGGUACGUCUGUAUUUUCCCAGUUGUUGCUGUCCUCCAUCACGCUUUGGGCGGAGCUAAUAUCCCAUUGUAGUUUCAGAAAUUCUCCAUUGCUCUGUCCUGGGCUUCAUUGUUUUGCAACUUUUAACAGCAACUGCAAAAAUCACUCCUUCCCAAUAAAAAGCCUUGUAGAGACUAUUUUCCCUCUCUGCCUGGCAAGGAGAGCGGUACGUCAAACUGCAGAUGACUCAAUAAUGAACCUUAUCAGUUCCUUGGCAAGUUUUCAGGCUCCUUCCAUCCUUCCGUCCGACUGAAGAUAAAUGAGCAGUUAUACUCCCAAUUAAAUUAAAUUCCAACUCCAUAGAUAAUAAAGGAUGGGAAGUUUCCAUCGUAAACCUUUUGCAAAAUAGAGCUUUCCUCCCUUUUUCCUUUUCUUUUUAACACACACCGUUCCAUUUGAUGUUAUAUUCCAUACCUUCAAUCCAGUUUCAUCCCUCCUUACCUGUACAUAUAUAAUUUGAGUUAGCAUUCAUCUCCGUGAAUUUAUCUCAUCCUCUUCAAAUGCCACCCAAGUUCCUGUCUAUUCCAGCCUCCGGUGGGAGGGAGUUCCACAGUUUAAUCCUGCGCUGCAAGAAGGAGGAGUUGCUUUUAGCUCUCCCCAUGAAAGGAGGGGCCUCUCGCCCUUAGGCUUUUGUUUUGCACCUGCAUUUAUGUAUUAAAUUUGUAUACUGCCCCCUUGACCCGUAGAUCUCAGCAUAAAAUUACAGUUCUGCUUUAUUAACUUACUGAUCACAGAAUAAGAUUUUGGCUUUAAUUGUGACACUUAGCUUUAUUUUUCACUUGUCACUUUUAAGGCAGUGUUUUAUAGAACGUAAUUGUUUCACUGAUGAAUAUAUGAUUUAAGCUGCAUUUGUGACGCUCUAUUACGCUCUGUCGAGCCGUUAUUAUUACUGAUUCUUUGCAAGGCGCUGUGGGAAUAAUUUGAAUGAGAAAUGGCAGAGAAAUCUAUGCUGUGAAGUGGCCUGAGAGCUACGGGGUAGAGGAUUGGAUACAAAUUUAAUACAAUAACUAAAUAAAUAGGAUUUUUUUUCAAAAAAAAUAUUUUAUUAAGAAUAUUACAGUGAGUUAAAUAAGAGAAAAAAGAAAAAUAAUACCUAAAAACAUUCUAAAAGGCAGAGGAAAGUAACAACAUGACAAUAAAAUAUAAUUAAGGUGACAGAACUAUAAUUGGUAUCAUCAUAAAUAUAAGUAAAUUCUAAUAUAUAUGUAAACAGUUGAGCUUGUUGUUUCCCUCAAGUAUACAUCAAUUCAUUGGUCACUGUGUUUUUCAUAAAUACGUUCCAAAUAUCAUUAAUUUUGUCCAUUCGAUAAUCUUUGGUCCGUGUCGCUGGGUUUUCUGUGCCCGGCAAAAAGAUUGGCAUGGAUGCCUUGGAAGGACGAGGCCCAUUUGAAUCGAUGGAGAAAUGAAUGGGCGUGUGAUGGAUCCGGCCCCUGCUUUCCCCGCAGGGCUCCCCCAGCUGUCUCACCUGGCGCUGGACCAGACGCACGUGACGGAUCGGGGCCUGGGCGAGUUCCUGCUCUCGGCGCCCCCCUCCCUCGCCCACCUGAGCCUCAACCAGACGGGCAUCACGGACGGCACCCUCAGCUUGCUGCCCCAGUGCGCCCCCCAGCUCUGCACCCUCAGCAUCAAGCAGACGGUCGUAAGUGGCCCCCGCAGCCUGGAAAAGGGCCUUCUCCCGGGGGGGGGGAGCAUGGGACGGGUGCAGCCGGCUGGCACCUGGGGGUGGGGGUCCUCUCUUGGUCCUGUGUGUGAUGGGGGGGCUUUCCCAACCACGCCAGUGUGAUGUAGAGCGUUGGGCCCGGGAGACCCGAGUUCAAUUUCCCCCUCCACCGUGACGCUCGUGGGAAGACCUUGGAAGCCGCCUCAAGCUCCUCGGGGUUUAAGCGCAGUGAAAUAUUGCCCUUUUAAAAUGUGCUUUUUUGGGGGGGUAUUGGGUUGUUCUUUUAUUUUUAUUCAGCAUUUUGUGGUUUUAUGUCUUGAUUUUGUUCUGUGAGCCGCCCUGAGACCCCUGGGUAUAGGAAUAUAUAUAAAUUAAAUUCAUCAUCAUCAUCAUCAUCAUCAUUCAACCGGCCGCAUUGUGUUGCUUCCGCAGGUGACGGACGUUUCAGCCCUGCGGCGCCUGGAGGGUCUGCAGACGCUCCAUCUGGACGGGACCCCGGUGAGCGAGGCCUCCCUGCGGGCGCUCUCCUCGCACCCGGCACUCUCCACCCUGACGCUCUCGGGGGUCCAGUCGGUGGACGGCAACACGGCCCUGGAGCUGGUCUCAGGUGCGGUGUGGGGCGGGGGCUGGCUGUGCCCCUCAGGCCUUUGGGAAAGGCCCCUUUGUCUCUUUGCCCGUGGGUGCUGUUCCCACCCGGGGAAGCACAGCCCAAGACGCUUUGCCAGCAGAGGCUGGAGAGGCGAUUUGGGCACCAGGAGGGGGCGGGGGGUGUUGCUGUGGGUACACAGAAGACGCCCCCUUGCCAACAGAUCCCCCCAUAACAGCUUCCUCUGGGCAACAAGGGCGCAUUAGAAUCACCGACUUCUAGACUUGGAAGGGACCCCCAACGGUCAUCUAGACCAACCCGGAAUGAAAUGCAAGAUAGGAAGUAGGAGCACGGAGCUUCGCUGGCAGCUGAGGCAGGACGUGUGGCUUACUAUUAACAUUGGUUUAUAACUGGAAUUAUUACUGUUAACGUUUUGCUCGCCCUGAGGUCCCAGGCUGCAACAAUUGAAAAUGCAGUCAAACCUCGGUUGUCCAACGUAAUCCGUUCCGGAAGCCCGUUCGGUUUCUGAAACGUUCGACAACCGAAGCGCGGCUUCCAACUGGUUGCAAGAGCUUCCUGCGCUCAAGCGGAAGCCGCAUCCGACGUUCAGCUUCCGAAAACUGGAGUGUUUGCUUUCGGGUUUUCAGUGUUUGGUAGCCGAAAGGUUUGGAAACGGAACGGAGGUUUGACUGUGCAAGACUGAAAAAGCAUGUUAAGCCACCUUAGCUGGGACCUGGAAAGCUGCCUCCCCAAGCCCAGCCCCAGUUUGGGGACUCUGCCCCAAAGCUCCCCUGCAGCCCAACUCUCAGGCACUCGCCUGGGGCAAGCAGCCGUGUCCUCCAGGCGAGCAGCCCUGCCGAAAAGGAGCCUGUGCUGCAGAGGCCACGAACAGAGCCAGGAGCGGCCCCUGGCACCCUCUCCGGUUCUGGCUUCCCUGGCCACCUUGUCCGGGAGUCUGUGUUGGAGCGGUGGCCCCCACGUCCCCCGAGGUUGGGGGGAGCUGCGCUGGGGUUCCCGGCUGGCUUGGAGGCGCUUCCACGUGGCAACCCACCCCUCGGGGCUCUUUCUUCAGGUCUGCCCGCCCUCUCUCAGCUGGCCUUGCCCAGCCGCCACACGGUCACUGACGCUGGCCUGGCCGCCCUCUGCCGCCUGGCCGGGCUCCUGGAGCUGGACCUGACGGACUACAGCCACAUCACUGACCAGGGGCUACAGCACCUGCCCCGGCUGAGCAGGUGAGGAAUGGGCGCACGGAUCCUGCCCCCCCCCCAGCAAGGCCGGGCUCUGCACUCCAGCCCCCUUCAUAGCAGGCCUUGCUCCCUGGGCAGCGGUCCAAGCUGUGGGGUUGGGGAUAGAUCCUGGGAGAUUUCUUAGAGAUUACCCUUUCUGCCUCACGUUAGGGAGUUCAGCAGAGGGUCUCCUUUUGCAGCUUAAAAAAGGAAGCUUUAUUGGCUAGUGUUAGUUGUUAAUAUUAAUAAUAUUAUCAUUAUUAGAGGUCUGCUCUGGUCAGACCUCACCUGGAGUACUGUGUCCAGUUCUGGGCACCACAGAUCAAGAAGGACACUGACAAACUGGAACGUGUCCAGAGGAGGGCAACCAAAAUGGUCAAAGGCCUGGAAACGAUGCCUUAUGAGGAACGGCUAAGGGAGCUGGGCAUGUUUAGCCUGGAGAAGAGGAGGUUAAGGGGUGAUAUGAUAGCCAUGUUCAAAUAUAUAAAAGGAUGUCACAUAGAGGAGGGAGAAAGGUUGUUUUCUGCUGCUCCAGAGAAGCGGACACGGAGCAAUGGAUCCAAACGACAAGAAAGAAGAUUCCACCUCAACAUUAGGAAGAACUUCCUGACAGUAAGAACUGUUGGACAGUGGAAUUUGCUGCCAAGGAGUGUGGUGGAGUCUCCUUCUUUGGAGGUCUUUAAGCAGAGGCUUGACAACCAUAUGUCAGGAGUGCUCUGAUGGUGUUUCCUGCUUGGCAGGGGGUUGGACUCGAUGGCCCUUGUGGUCUCUUCCAACUCUAUGAUUCUAUGAUCAUUAUGGGGUUUUGUUUUGUUUUGUUUUUUAAAUGAUAUUUAUUAAAGUUUCAAUAAAAAAUUAAACAUAAAGCAUAAAAAAGAAAUACACAAUUAAAGUUUCAGUAAAAGAUUAAACAUAAAGCAUAAAAAAGAGAUACACAAUUCAAAAUAUACAAUACAUAAUCUAAAAGAAAAAAAGAAAAUCAAGAAACACUCAUUAAUAUAUGAUUUAAGCUGCAUUUGUGACGCUCUGUUACACUCUGCCGUGUCGUCAUUAUUCCUGAUUCUUCGCAAGCCAAUGUGGGAAUAAUUUGAUUGAGAAAUGGCAGAGACAUUUAUGUUGUGAACCGCCCUGAGAUCUACGAGGUAUAGGACAGUAUACAAAUUAAAUUAAAUUAGGUUUUUUAAAAAAAUAUUAUUUUAUUAAGAGUAUUACAGUCAGUUAAAUAAGAGAAAAAGAAAAAGAAUACCUAAUAAUAGUUUAUAAUUUAUUAUUUAUACCCUGCCCAUCUGGCUGGGUUUCCCCAGCCACUCUUGGCAGCUUCCAACAAAUUAGUAAAAUACAAUAGUCCUUCAGAUAUUAAAAAACUUCCCCAAACAGGGCUGCCUUCAGAUGUCUUCAGAAAAUCAGAUAGUUGUUUAUUUCCUUGACAUCUGAUGGGAGGGAGCCACCACUGAGAAGGCCCUCUGCCUGGUUCCCUGUAACCUCACUUCUCACAGUAAGGGAACCACCAGAAGGCCCUCAGUGCUGGACCUCAGUGUCCGGCAGAACGAUCUGGGCUGUGGGGUCCAGAGGCCGUCUUUGGCCACGAGACUGGGGGGUCCGAUUGCCCGACCUGAGGCUCUUCCGCUGUUCUUGCAGGCUGCGCCGCCUGUCUCUCUGCAACACGCUGGCCACGGACCUGGGCCUGCGCCACGUCCAGGGGCUGCCGCUUCUGGAGGAGCUGUGCUUGGACCGCCUCAACGUCUCCAGCGCAGGGGUGGCGCGCUGCAUCGUCACUCUGCCCCACCUGCAGGUACGGCCGGGAAGGGAGCUGUGCCAAGGGGGGGCUCAGCCGCUUCUGCCCCUGGGGGAGCAGCAGGCGCUGGGAAAGGGCUCCUUCCCUCCUCCAAGCUCCUCUCUUUGGGCGGCUGCAGAGACACAGAGAGGGAGAGCCCUGGGGCGGGGCAGGCAUGAGAGCCCCAGGGGCCCUGCCCCCCCCCCACUUUAUCAUCUUCCUCCCCCCCCCCAGGUGCUGAGUCUUGCCAGCACGCCGGUCGGAGACACAGUGGCGCGCCUGGGCAUCUCCCGCUGCAAGCAGCUGCUCAAGGUGAACCUGAGUCGCACCCGCCUGACGGACCGAGGUGAGUCCUGGCCCCCCAAGGCUUUUCUGGCCCUCAGCACCCCCUGGCCAGAAGCGGCGUCCAGAGCAGCAGUUUGCACAGCCCACUAAGAGAGAUGAAACGCGGCAACAUUCGAAACCGCAACGGCUGAUUGCACAUUCACUCAAAAUCCGAUUAAAGCCCUUUAGUUCCAUUAAUUAAUUUGGCAAAGGAGAUGAGCUUGAUCUGGAGAUACCGGCUCUCCAAAGCCUCCCAGCCGUUGGCAUCUCCAGGGCUCCCCCCCCCCCCGCCUGUUCACUUUGGGGGACGCCACUAGAGAACAGCUUGGCAGGGGGCUGGCCUGCGGUGCCAGUGCCGGCACAGAGAUGGGAAGCAGAGGACACCCCCCAUUCUCUGUGGGGGGGUGUGGAAAAUAGAACCAGAAUGAUAAGAGUUGGAAAGGGACCCCCAAGGGUCAUCCAGCCCAACCCAUGGCAAUGUCAGCGUCCCUGACAGCUCUGCUGAAAAACCUCCAACAAAGCAGAACCCACUGCUUUUCCAGCUGCACUGGCUCCCGUUGGAGUCCAGGGUCAGAUUUAAGGUGCUGGUUUUGACCUUUAAAGCCCUUCACGGCCCAGGACCCUUGUACCUACGGGACCGCCUCUCCCGGUCUGCCCCACGGAGAGCCUCAAGGUCCAUAAAUAGCAACACCCUAGUGGUCCCGGGCCCUAAGGAAGUUAGAUUAGCCCAACCAGAGCCAGGGCCUUUUCAACACUGGCCCCGGCCUGGUGGAACGCUCUGCCUCAUGAGACCCGGGCCCUGCGGGAUCUGAUUUCUUUCCGCAGGGCCUGUAAGACAGAGUUGUUCCGCCUGGCCUUUGCCUUGGAAUCAACUUGAUCCCCUCCUCCUCUUUCCUUUUUCAUUUCUCCUUCUGUGACGGAACUCCUAUUUGGGGACUUCCCUGGCUUUUUUUCUGGCCCAUGUAGGACCAGUCUGGAUAGUUGGCCUUGGUGAAGAUUUGACAUUUUCAUCCCCCAAAAAACGUUUCUGAUUUGAGUUUCCAUUGAAAUUAGGCUGCAUUUUAAUGUUUUAAUGCUGUAUUUUAAUCUUGUUUUUAAGUUGUAUUUCGAUCAAUUUUUUUUUAUAUUGGGUGUUAGCCACCCUGAGCCCGGUCUUGGCUGGGGAGGGUGGGUUAUAAAUAAAAAUUAUUAUUAUUAUUAUUAUUGCCGGGAGGGUUGAACAGAUGACUCUUGGGAUCCCUUCCAACUCUACCGUUCUGUGAUUCUAUGAUUCCAAGGCUCUUUCUGCCCUUAGUCCUCCCUGGGGGGCACAGGCCAGGACAGGGUGGAGAGUUUGCGGCAGGAAGAGUCUGUCUUGCCCGGCUCCUGCCCAGCUGCCUUUUGCCCCCUCCGCUCUCUCCGCAGGGCUCCGCUUCCUGCGCCACGUGCCCCUGCUGCAGCUCAACCUGGACGGCUCCGGCGUGACCUCCGAGGGGGUGUCUGCCCUCCUGGCCGCCUGCCCCGCCCUCAGCAGCGUCCGUGCCAGCCACCUGCGCACCUUGCCCUCAGAGGACGUCUCGGAUGAAGAAGGAGAAGGACCCGGCUAGGCCAGCAAGGCCUCCUCCUCCCCCCCGGCCCCUCCCUCGACGCAUGGCGCACUUUCUUCUGCCCCCCCCCCCACUUCUCUUCCCGCGUCUCUGAGGGUUUGGCGGGGUCGGGCUCCCUGCAGGGCUGGACUUUCCGCCUCGGAGUCGCCCACGUUCUCAGCGCCCUCGUCAUCACCGCACCAGGUCCGCUGGGAAGCCUGCCUCCGCGGACGAGGCUUGUCCUUCACUCGUCUUCCAGUCUCCAGCCUGACUUCUUGUUUCCCUCACCUGUAGCUGCACGAUGGGUGUUUCUUUCCUUUUUUAAAAGAAGAAGAAAUCCAUUUUGAAAGCCCCAGGCUCUUAAUUCCUGGGGGACGCAGAGAAGGAGGAGGGAAGGGGGAGCAGAGGGCCUGGGAUGGAGGAGGCCGGGACCCCCAUUUCUGAAGAUGCCUGACGCAAACGGUGCAGUCCUCCCCCACCCCCAGCAGAGGCCCAGAGGAGUCCUGGGGGGCAGGGGGGGCACCAAAUGGGACGCAGAACUCCUGAAAAAACUUCUCUGCAGCUUGUGCCUUAACAAUUUCCAAUAAAAAAACAUUGACGGGUCUCCUGA